AUACACUCAUUGUGCCUGUUACUUCUACACAUCUAGCAUCCUUUCACACUUCAUUCAACCUUCACGAGUUUGAUACCCACCGGAAUUUAAUUCCGAAAGCCACAAUAAUGACGGGCGAGCACUCACAUCACGGCUCGAACGUCCAGGUGAAGGGGGAGAAUCACCUGGAAAACAAGGCUGCGCCUGGAAUCUCCUACUUCACUCCCCUGCAGGAUCCUCCAGCGGGCACUGCCCUGACGAUGAAGGAUGGCAGCAGCAAGAUCCCCAAGCUGUUCACACCCAUCAAGCUCCGAGGUUUGACGCUACAGAACCGCAUUGCUCUCUCCCCUCUGUGCCAAUACUCGGCGCAAGACGGCCACCAAACAGACUGGCACCUCACGCACCUGGGCGGCAUCAUCCAACGCGGGCCCGGCCUCACCUUCGUCGAAGCCACCGCCGUCCUGCCCGAAGGCCGCAUCACGCCCGAAGACUGCGGCCUGUGGAAGGACUCGCAGAUCGAGCCGCUGCGCCGUGUCGUCGAAUUCGCACACAGCCAGAACCAGAAGAUCGGCAUCCAGCUUGCGCACGCCGGCCGCAAGGCCAGCACCGUCGCGCCGUGGCUGAGUGCCGGCGAUGUCGCGGGUCCCGAACUCAACGGCUGGCCUGAUAACGUCAAGGCUCCGAGCGCGAUCCCUUACAACGAGCGCCACGCCCAGCCCAAGGCGAUGACGAAAGCGGACAUUGAGGAGUACAAGCAGGCCUUUAAAGCGGCCGUCGAGCGCGCCGUCAAAGCCGGCGUCGACGUCAUCGAGAUCCACAAUGCGCACGGGUACCUGCUCCACUCGUUCCUGUCGCCCGCGUCGAACCAGCGCACGGAUGAGUAUGGCGGGAGCUUCGAGAAUCGGAUCCGUCUAACGCUCGAGGUGGUCGAGUUGGCGAGACAGACGAUGCCGAAGGAUAUGCCUUUAUUCCUGCGGAUCAGCGCCACGGAUUGGCUCGAGGAGGCUGGGAUCGAAGGCUGGACGGUCGAGCAGACGUGUAAACUCGCGCCGUUGCUGGCGGAGCGCGGAGUGGACCUGCUCGAUGUGUCGUCGGGAGGUUUGCACGAGAAGCAGCAUAUCCACGGCGGGCCGGGGUACCAGGUGCCGUUUGCCAAUGCGGUGAAGAAGGCGGUUGGGGAUAAGAUGGCGGUGAGUGCGGUGGGGAGUAUCACCGAGGGGAAGCAGGCGAAUGGGUAUCUGGAGGAAGGGGGUCUGGAUAUGGUUUUCGUGGGGCGCAUGUUUCAGAAGAAUCCUGGGCUGGUUUGGUCUUUUGCGGAGGAUCUUGGGGUCGAGGCGAGGUGGGCGAAUCAGAUUCGGUGGGGGUUUGGAGGGAGGGGUGGGAAGAGUGGGAAGGCUUAG